AUGGAGAUAUUAAUAAUUUUGAUGAUCAUAUUACAAGGACAUAUGUCAUUUUGCGACAGUAGAUCAGAAAAAUACUCCCUUAAGAACACAAGUGAACUGACGCUGCUGCCCCUUGAUAAAACAUACACGACCAGGAGUCAGCUUAUGUGUGCUGCCAAGUGUGCUGAGAAGAAAAAUGAGUGCUAUAAUUACAUGUACGACACGGCCACCAAAACGUGUACUCUGGGCUACUGGCUUCUCCCCGUGUCUGCCCUCAACACGUCCCAACAGGCAAGCACCACCAGACUUUACAGCAAGGGAAUGUACUGCAAUGUGCAAGAGUUAGUGACACCUGUAGGAAAUGGACAGAUGAGCUCGUUUAAAACCUUAGCCUGUCGGGGAGGCUCUGUAAACGUAGGAAAACUGCCGGUUCUAGAAGCUCCAAGUCCAAACGUUUACAGAUCAUGUAGAGAUGUGAAGAACUCCACAAAUCCAAGGCAACUGAUCAAGCUGGCAUCUGGUCUUGUCGUCAUGUGUGACACAGUGACAGAUGGAGGGGGCUGGACAAUUUUUCAACGUCGAGUCACUGGGGCAAUCGACUUCUACAGAAACUGGAAGGAGUACAAGAACGGCUUUGGAGAUUACAGCAUUGGGGAUUUCUAUCUGGGCAAUGAAAAUAUUUACUCUCUAGGUUUAAAAUAUUCCCACCAGAUGAGAUUUGAUAUGUCUUACAAAGGUCAGAGCUAUUACGCCAGUUAUUCUACUUUUAGGUUUGCUUCAGAAAGUCAAGGUUAUCAGAUGUAUCUUGGUGGCUAUUCAGGCACGGCGGGUGACUCACAUUUAAAUAAUAACAACAUGAGGUUCUCAACUUACGACGUAAAUAAUGAUCUAACGUCGGUUAAUUGCGCUGUUCGUUACCACGGUGCGUGGUGGUACAACUCAUGCUAUCACACGCACCUGAACGGCAAGUGGGCUAGUACAACUGAAGGGGGAGGUAUAUUCUGGCUUCAAGUGACUGGUUUUGAUGACAAUUUGGAAAGCUGCGAAAUGAAAAUAAGACCAUUGAUAUAG